UUAGCAACGUGUCUUUAUGUGGUGGUCAGGCAUGUGGUUACUAAGCAAUGGACCUUUAAUGCUGUAUCUUAAAGUUUGCUUCUCUGUUGUAUGCGUAUGCGUAUGCGUGCGCGCUUUUAAAAGAGACUCGAUUUUAAAGAACAGAUGAAUGCAUGCCGGAAAUGUUCUAUUCUACCAUUCUGAACCGCAGGAUUUAUAUAUCUUCCUGAAUGCGAAAGAAAGGAAGAAACAAACUGAACUGUUGUCCCUCCAACUUUACUCGAGACAUGGAAGCUUGUUAUGGAAUACUCGGAAGCUUUAGUGUUUGGUUUAGUAGAAGAAGUGCUUCACCAUUUGUUCUUCACAAAAUUUCUGGUCACUGAAAGGAAUCGUGUCGCUUAAAAAUACUUGUUACUUUUGAACACAGAAGACGCAUACAAAUUUAACGAAAUGGCAGAUGACAAUGAUCCACUCGGAGCAACAGAAUUUAUUAAAGAGAGACUUUACUUUGCCACACUAAGGAGCAAACCGAAAAGUACGCCAAAUACUCAUUAUUUCACUACCGAUGAGGAAUACGUUUAUGAAAACUUUUAUGCAGAUUUUGGUCCUCUCAAUCUUGCUAUGUUACACAGAUUCUGUUGUAAAUUGAACAAAAAACUUAAGUCCUUCACACUGUCCAGAAAAAGGGUAAUCUAUUACACUAGCUAUGACCAGCGCAAACGAGCCAAUUCUGCAUUCUUGAUCGGUGCCUAUGCAGUAAUCUACUUAAAGAGAACUCCUGAGGAGGCCUACAGGACUCUUAUCUCUGGAACUAAUGUGUCAUACCUGUCCUUCAGAGAUGCUGCAUUUGGAAACUGCACAUAUAACCUGUCUAUUCUUGAUUGUUUACAAGGAAUCCGCAAGGCACUGCAGCAUGGGUUCUUCAACUUCGAGACAUUUGAGGUUGAGGAGUAUGAACACUAUGAGCGAGUGGAGAAUGGAGACUUCAACUGGAUUGUGCCAGGGAAGCUCCUGGCCUUCAGUGGCCCACACCCAAAGAGUAAAAUAGAGAAUGGUUACCCUCUCCACGCUCCAGAGGCGUACUUCCCGUACUUCCGACAGCACAGUGUGACCGACGUGGUGCGGCUCAACCGGAAGAUCUACGAGGGGCGCCGCUUCACUGAUGCUGGCUUCGAGCACCAUGACCUGUUCUUUGUGGACGGCUCCACGCCCAGCGACCUCAUCAUGCGACGCUUCCUUCACAUUUGUGAAAGUUCAGAAGGUGCUGUGGCUGUACACUGCAAGGCGGGCCUCGGCAGAACAGGCACUCUGAUUGCUUGCUAUCUGAUGAAACAUUACCGCUUCACGGCAGCGGAGGCCAUUUCCUGGAUACGGAUCUGCAGGCCUGGCUCAAUCAUUGGGCCACAGCAGAACUUUCUGGAAGAAAAGCAGCACAGUAUGUGGGUGCAAGGGGACAUGUAUCGCUCUAAGCAGCGGCAGCAGCAACAACGACAGAAUCGGCAACAGGAGCGAGACAUGGUCCAUCUCAUCUCCAGCAUGGACGACGUGUCCAUCAACACCAAUGUCUUCAAGUCCCAAAGCAUGGACGAGAAUGACUUCAGGCUGGACAGUGUGGGUCUGACUCAGGGAGAUAAACUCAGGGCCGUGAAGGCUCGACGCCAUUCUAGAUCUGCCACCACAGGAGCACUGAGUGGAAUAAACCCAGCACAGAGGUCGAUUUCUUCCUCCAACCCACCCAAAGCCCCCCCUGCUUUCACUCCUACUUCUCCUCCAAGACGGCUCACUCGCAGUCCCUCAUCCUCGACUGGAAACCUUAAAAAUUUAAACCCCAGAUUAGCCCAAUCCCUUGGCAACCUCUACGGGGUUGACAACAUGGAUGAAGGUGCAGACGACAUGUCCUCUUCACCCACACCCUCCGCCUCCUCCUCCCCCUCCUGCGCUCCCUCUACCACAGCUGCGUCCUCCACCUCCCUCAAUCCGUCCAUGGGCUUGGGGUUUGGCUACUCCCCUAGUGACCCUCGUAUUCCACCAUCUCCAAACUACCACCAGGAGGCCCGCAACAAGCCUGGUGACCGCCAUGUGAGGCCCAGGGGUCCGGCCUUUGCUAUGGGCCCCAGGGGUCCGGCUGGACCUCGCAGAGCCCCAGUCCAUUCUGGGCUCACGGGCCGGUACCUGAGCCGAUCCAUCCCUUCCCUUCAGUCUGAAUAUGUUCACUACUAAAGCAGUUGUGUUGCGCUGACAAACACAAGGCCCUGAAGAAAAUGCUUUGCACAGUGAAGACUGAAGAUCAUAACAUCCUCUGUUAGAUAAUCAACUGAGUGCAAAAUUUAAGUAAUAUCUCCUGGAAAAAACUGUGGGGGUCAGGGAAAACAAACCCUUGUUUUGUAUAUUAACUCGAUUAACUGCACAGAAUUGGAUUUUUUAAGGAUUUUACUAUAGCUGGAUAUUCACCAAAUAUAUUUUAUGUUGUUAGUAUUGUGCUCAUAUUCUGAUUCUGUUUCAAUUUUAAACUAAAUACUGUGGUGAUUCAGUCAUAUUUAAGUGUACUUUAUUGGGGAGUGGAAUAAAAAUGUUUGCCUACAAGAUUACAAGACUCACAAUCAAGCUAAGAAUAAAAGAUAAUGGGUUCUAUUUUGUU